UAAAAGUGAAUAAUUGUCUAGAAUUUAAGUCAUCACUUGUUGUAUUCGUGUAUUCUUGUCCCAAUACAACUCGUGCGACACUAUUACGGAGUUGUAGGCUACAACUCCGAAAUAGCUAGAAGAGGCUUUGUCGCGAUCGGCAUUGUGCCAUAGGCGAGAACGGAGGCAGGGGAACAUAGACGACGCAACGACAAGGGAAGAACACGUUUGGCGGCGUUAAUUAGAGACAAGAAUUCGCCAGUUACAGUCGCGUCGCUCGUUUUCCAUGUAACAGUAUUGUAACACUUAAAUGUCAGUUUGAUCUAACGUGCUCGUAAAAUAAUACAGAGUGUCGAAAAUUUACCUACAGUAUAAAGUCAGUGCGAAUCGAUAACAACUAGCUCCUUUAUAAAGUGUCAGAUGUUUGAAAAUGAGAAAUCUUGAAAAUGCGACUAAUCAUUGCGCAUUUAGUUUAUUUGACCGUGUUUGAUCAAGGAAACCGAAAUUGCUUUAUUUAACCGUACGUUGAAUUAACGAUUUGAUGCUGGAAAUUGGUGAAGUUUAAAAAGGGAUAAGAAUAAGGUAAGCAGUCAGUGAACAAUGAUAUGCAUACGCAGUUGAACGACACUGUUAUUGCCAAAUGCUACAAAUACUGCGGGCCAAAGUUUUUAAUAUCACUUGGCAUGUAAACGUUGCUAUCAUUCUGCAUUCGGCUAAUCUUUCGUUAUAAAACGACCCGUGAAAAAAUGACGAUAAUGAAAGUUAUAGAUAAACAAUAAAGAAAGGUUGGUCAACACCGGUAACUUGCCUAAUGCAUUUAUAUACGGUGUGGUGAGAAAGGAUCACUGCUCAGUUGUCAUUCGGUCUUGAUAGUUGGAAAGUUUUCUAAAUCAUAAAAAAAAAUAAAAAAAGGGUGUGAAAUUGAUGGACACAACUGCGAAACCCCCUAAGUGGAAAACGGUGGCACUGGUUUGAUUACUAAAAACAAUUAGAUGUGACUGGCGAAUAUACGAUAGCGUUGUAAGAAAGAUGUCCGAAAUUUCAGCUAUGGAUGAGGAUGAAGCGAGUGUGGCUGAACAAACUCCUAACCUGAUGCCGAAUGCAUGUCAGUACAGCACUCAAGAAGACGUUAGCAAAGAAUUAGAACAUUGGAUUCAUCUGAAUAAUGAACGCACCGAUCUGAAACUUUCCACAAUGCUGUAGAACACAUGGAGCUGAACUGGGAACGCCAACUUUCUUCUUUCGAACUGACGUGUCUCGAGUGGCUGUACGUCAAAUCCGUGUUGGCAAUGUGGCAGAAAGAGGCAUUCCAAAAAGCGUUUGAUUAUUUGAAAAGGCCUGUUCACCCCUCAGAUAUACAUAUUAUACUAAAACAAUUGAAGUCUAUCAGCUCGUUCCAUGACGUUGAAACAGAGCUACCAAAACAAGGAUCAGAACUUCAAAUCUGGUGUGACGGAGGGUGUCCGUAUUUUAAGUUGAUUGCCCAACAGGAAGAGCUGUUCAAACACGCGCCUCGUUUCGCCAUUCUUGUUCCAUGCUAUUUUAAUAACUUCAAGAUUCCUUGCAUCAAAGAGAUUUUCUUCCGGUGCUGGCAGGACGUCGUGGAAGACAAAACUAAUGGCGAAGAACACAGAAAAGUCAUUUCCACCCUAAAUGUCUUCUUAGCGAAAGCUAUUGAAAACCAGAAAUUACAAGAUAUUAUGGAGGAAAACAUCUCAGAAGAAAUGCUUACCAGGGACAAAGCAAAUGAUGAUUGGCCACAAUGGUUUAGCACAUUUUGCGAGAAAAUACAAGAAAGCUUCCAACCUGACAGCAACGAAGAGAGUUCGAUCCCUGAUUGGUUCAAAAACUUUAAGGAGGCAGCUAAGGAAAUAGGUAAAGAUAAGUGGACCUUGCGCUUCACAUCAAUAAUAAAAGAAGUCUUCAAGCUAUACUUGCUCCCUAAAACAACGGUUGACGUCAAGCGCGAUAAUGGAAGGCAAAUUAUUUUUGUCUAUGGAAAUGUUGUAUUUCUUAGCAAAGUUAUAGACAAAAUGAAGGAUUUAAGAAGGUCCGACGUACAGGAAAUUCGAAUUGUUGGGCUGGCAUCCGUUCACGUCGAUUGCGACUUGAAUAACGACAUCUGGCACGGUAUCAAUGUGGGCCUGGACACCGACAAAAUCAUUGUUGAUGGUGAAGUUUCGUGGAACUUGUCUGGUCAACACAUUGUCCAACAAAAUGCAGGGGAACCACGUCAACCAGGUGAGAGUGGUGGUAACGUGCACAUCAUUUGCAACGAGAUGAUCAAUGCCAAACAAUGGACGAUCGUAUCUGAUGGAGGCGACGGAAGUGCCGCUCACAAAUGGAGCAAAGAGGAAUUCAACGAAGCCUUUCCUUCCAUGUCGAUAUUUGAAACUGGCGUCUCCAAUAAGGAAACUAUUGCUACCACAUUGCAAAAUAUUUUACCAGACAGUGCAUUGAAAAAAUUUAAAGAAGAAGAUAACUUUUGUAUCCGCGGACCAAUGGCUGAUUUCAAUGACAUCAUGAUAUCACUUUUCAGUUCACCGAAUGAUCGGCAUUCACUAAUUUUUUUUCAAGGACGAGGAGUCGGACAAGGUGGAUACGGCGGCACCGUGACCUUGGAAAUCUUGAAUGGAUCCCCUUCUACCAAACCUAGCCUCCCAUUUAUCGGGAUUCAGAAGCGUCUACCAUUCGCUACCAGUAUGGCUGGCGUCUAUGAAGCCUGUGGUUCUGAAGGUAAAAUUGGUAAACCAGCCGGUGACAUUGGUUUCAUUCACACCGUCAACAACCAAAACCAUGACACGAAUCGGGAAGGGGAAUAUUUUGGUUUUGGAAACGAUGUUAAACUUGAGUUAAGUUUUCCUACUAAAAAAUCGGAAGGCGUUAAUUCGUGCGUCAAACUAAAAUCCACCGGAGAAGAAGUAAUUGGAAAAUUUGCGUCAAUAGUUAACAAAGAAGAUGUUCCUAAACCUGAUCCAGCAAGACUGGUCGAAGCUGCCAAGAAAAAGGCAAUCCUUCGUCAAAGUCUGUUUCAGCAUCAUUCUCAGAUAAGUCAACACAAGGAUAUUUCGAAAUCCCUUCAAGAGAUGUUUUCCAGUCCACCGCAACGUCAUCCAACUAGCUUUGAUCCGAAUUAUUUAGCCAAAUUCACCGAAAUCCAACGCAAAAAUAAUGAACUUCAACUCCGGCAGCUGACUUUUCAAAACCAACAAAAUCCAGUCGAAAUCGCACGUGCAAAAAUGGUGAAGCAAGCCAGUCUAAAGCAAUCAAAAGCUAACAGCUCUUCUUGUUUACGGGCUGACCACCACGAAGUUGCAACUGAAAUGGGAUGCGCUCCAAAGACGACAAUAAACUCUGAAAUAAAUCCAAACGAAAAGCCUGAUGAAGUAGAAAGAAGCGUGGAGGAUGUCGUAAACCUUAUGACGCAAAAUGAAAAAAUGUCAGAAAAUCAGAAGUUUCUUGACUCUUUGAAAGAAAUUAUUAUAAAUUCCAAAACAGCGAGCCUCGGAAACAAUCUAAGUUUUAAGAAAAUCAAGAAGGAGUGGACAAACAACGGAUUGGACCUGGGCAGUGACAAAGCGCUAGAAUGCUUCCUCGACGUCUACAGUGACGCUGUCGAAAAAGAACUCCGUUUUUCUUUGCGUGACGCCCAAAGAGUGGCCAUCGUGGCAUUAUUGCGAAAAUGCCAAAUAUGCAAUACGUUGGUUCAAGUAUCAACCGGCGAGGGCAAGUCGUUGAUUGUUGCCGCAGUGGCUAUUGCAUUGGCUCUUUCUAAGAAAAAAAAGUCGAAACAAUUGAGUAUCGACGUUAUCACCAGCAACAACGUCUUAGCCCUACGUGAUACUAGUCUGCCGUCGAAUAAGGGAGGGCUUAAAAAUCUUUAUGCAUAUUUUGGCGUCAGUGUAGCAAAUAAUUGCGGCCAUUCAAAAGAGGAACGCAUAAAAGCCUACGAAUCGGCCGUGGUUUAUGGGGAACUGGCAAGUUUCCAGCGAGAUUACUUAUUGGACAAAUUCUACGGCCACAACGCUCGUGGCAACCGAGAAUUCAAGCAUGUCAUUAUUGACGAAGUGGAUUGCAUGUUGCUGGAUCGCAGCAGCAACACCCUCUACUUAUCACACGAUAUACCCGGCAUGGAAACUUUGGAAUCUCUGUACGUUUUCAUUUGGGAAAAAAUACAAAACUCGACUGUUGAUCAGAACAAUUCGAAAGAACAAGUGAAGAAAUCAAUCGAAUCUGAUAUCUUGUUCGAUUUGUACGGUGUUACAACUAAAGAGAAUUUGGAGUUAGUUCACGCACUAUUGGACGAUUCGGAGAAAGAAAAACUAUGGAGUCAUCUAAUUAAAAAGGAAGUGAUUGACUCACAAGGACGUCUCCUCAUAACUGAUGCAAGCCAAAUUACAAAAGAGAAGGUUAACUGUAGCGUAAUAGAUCUCCAAAGGAAGGAUCUUAACGACAAAUUGGUUUUCUAUUUCCGCAAAGUGGCCAACCGCCAUCGUCGAAUCCGAAUACCUUCUCAUCUUCUUGAAUUUGUUGAUCGAAAUCUUAAAACUUGGCUGAACAGUGCUUUUCAAGCCCUGGAUCUAAGACGCGACGAGGACUACGUCAUUGACCAAGAUCGAACAGACACUAGUCCGGAUCUCAAUCCGCAAGUUAUUAUUAUCGAUCCCGACACUGGAACGGAUCAAACUUUGUCGCAAUGGGACGGAGCCUUGCACCAAUUCCUUCAGCUCAAGGAAGGUUGUAAAUUGACGCUGCAAAGUCUCAAAGCAGUUUUCAUCUCCAAUGCCACGUACAUCUUGAAAUACGAUAAAAUGGUGGGUGUGUCGGGUACGCUGGGGUCCGAACAAGAGAAGAAAUUUUUGAGCGAUAAGUACAAAUGCAAUUUGUUCAGCGUUCCAACGGCUUUUCCUAAAAACUUCACUGUCAAACCCGCCAAAGUUCUCCGAUCGGAAGCAAAGUGGCUAGAGGAAAUAAUCAACGAAACGCGGAAUGUUCUUAGGAUACCGGAAGAAAUACAAGAUCAACCACAGCGAGACCUAAAACAUGCGGACGUAAAACCUCGGUCCAUCGUUAUUUUUUGCAGAACCAUUAGAGAUGUCAAUAAAGUUUACAAUGAGCUGAAAACAUUGUGCUGUCCCACUUACCCGAUUCACCGUUACACACGGGACUACGAAAAAUUUGCAUUUGAAAGUAGCAAACUGGGCAUUGGUCAUGUUAUCGUCGCUACGAACUUGGCCGGACGAGGAACGGACAUUAAGAUUGGUGACGAUUUGAAAGUUAAUGGAGGUCUGCACAUCUGCUUGACUUAUUUACCCGAAAACGAACGGAUCAAAGAGCAAGCAAUGGGUCGCGCAGGAAGAAAAGGAGAUCCAGGAAGCGGAAUCCUUAUCUUGUGCGAAAUCGAGACUUGGAAUAAGGAUGAAGAACUUGGUGAUGAACAAUUGUUCAACAAUAUGGAAAGACUACGAAAUGAACAAGAGUCACAGCGAUUAUCUCGACUGGAAGAGGAUUUUGAAAAAAACAAGAUUCAAGAAAUUUUUUUCCGUGAUUUCAUUGGUGAAUUUUCGGUGCAAAACAUCAAAGAUAAAUUUGGAAAAGGCAAAAAAAUGGGAAAAACAGAAAAAGAGGAUGACGUUGAAUACCAAGACAAUAAGGUGACGGUUCAGGCCAUUCGCGACAGCGCCCUAGACAAAUGGGCUCUUUGGCUUGAUGCGAAUGAACUCAAUUAUUCGAACGUUAAUUUUCCUGAUAAACUGCCCGAUUUGAAGGAUUUCGACAACAUAAUGGACUGGAUCAUGCCUGCCCGCUCAAUAACUGUAGCAAAAGAUCUUGUAACCUGCGAGAAACCAAACCUCUCCAAAGCAGACCAGUUUUUGGAACGCAUCGUUAAUUCCGAAAACAGUUUCUUUUAUCCAGCUGCUCACUACUACCAGAUUUUUAUUUCUCUUAAACAAGAGAAGUUCAAAAACAAAAAAGACGAAUUCUUUCGCAACUUGCGAGCCACGGAGACCAUUAUCAACCAGCACAUUGACAUGCAACUGUCUUUCAAUAGCGUAAUGAACCAACCCAAGAUAAAACCAGCACAAAUUCCUUCGUUUUGUGCCGUCGAUGUCUACAAGGAGCAGAAAAAAAAUAACGUGAACAUUUUGGAACAUUUCCUCGACUCCAUUGUCUUUUUGUUGGGCAAUUAUUGCUCCAUCGCAAGUCUUCGUGAAGCCAGCAAAGCUCCGGACGAACAACUAGGUAUUCAAGAAAGAAGCUCAACCGAACAAAUGCCAACGGACCACACAAUUCGUCGAGAGAAAGUUGGCAAGUAUUAUAAAUAUCUGGUAGAAACAAAAUGCAUUGCUUGCGAGCUCAACGAUCCCAACACUAUCCCGAGCCAAACCUCAUUCGCCAACCAAAAAAACGUCGACGACAGCAGUCGGCGUAAUCGAAGAGCAAUCAUCCAGCGGAUAGCAGACGACUAUGCUAUUGAAGCAUCACUCGAAAAGACGCUCGUGGACGUCUUCGACAAAGCCUUAAGUGAAGAAGAGAUUGAAAAGGAACUAGAAAAACACAUUUUUAUCCCGUCCAGUAGGAAGGCGUUCUGGAAGAAACUCGUCGAAGCUGGUGUCUUGAAGAUUCCAAAGAUCGGCAUCGAAAUGGAAUGCGUCAUCAUGUCAGACAGUCAGUGCAACGGCAUACCCGAACUUGAUAGAGAUGAGGCUAUCACGCUAGAUUUUGGAUACGACACUUACGAUCGCGAACAAAACUGCCUUACCGUCCUGUAUAACCCGAUAUACGACAACAAAGGACAAUUGGACGACAGCAAAAAACUUAUGUUUCCCAAAAAGUAUGUCAAGCGAAUCAUGAACUAUGAACUUGAAAAGCAAAAUUUCGAGUUCAACAAGAUCGCUCGACUUGACCUCGACGAGCUCGAAAAAAUUGAACUAAGAGAAUUCGGUCGUCUGCUCGAUGAUGACUUCCAUCGAGCAAAUAUUGUUCCAGCUGAACGAGAAGGCAUUUGGGAGGAACUGAUAAAGCAAAACAUGAUCGAUGAUCAGGGUUUUCUAGCGCCCGGUUGUGAUUUAACCAAAGGAUUUGACUAUCCGCAGGGCCCAGUCUAUUCAGACGCUGUGAUGCAUCUCAUAGAACAAAAGUUUGUCGUAGAAAUAGUCCGACGUCGAUGGCUAAAAAUAAAAGAUCUUGAAACAAUGUCCGAAGAGAAUUCUGAUUAUUUGAAAGCGAUCAACUUGUUACCACUAAAACCACACCGAGACAUGCUUGGAGAUUUGAUGGCGGCUCAAGUCGUUUCUGGGGCUCGAGUUACGUACGACAUGGAAAGUAAACUAAAAGAUGUAAUUUCGAAAAUCAAAGAUGCUGACGAAGGAGAACAAAAAGCUCUUUUGAAGUUCUUCAAAGAUCGACGACCUUUCUAUGCUAGGUCAAAAAAAGAAAAAGAAAAGCAAGAAUUUGCUCUCGACCCCUUGACCAUCCGCAUGAUUCCCUCUGCGGUUAACGUCUUAAGCGAACUUCUUGUCUUCCGUCUAAUGGGACUAGACAGUGUCAUAAGGAUACAGGAUCGGAAAUGGUCGUUCAAAAGGAAAUCGUUAGCCUUACUAUUUUCUUCACUCAUCGUUGCUGGCGGAAUCACAUCAAUAAGUGCUGGAGUUUUACUGCUAAUUUGUUGCCCAGAACUACCAUUUCAACUUUAUCAAAAUGUGUUAUUCAAGGGAGGCUUCUCUGACAUUACUUACGCCAUUACGACUGUAUUGUCGCACAAGGACUUCACCUGGAACGAAUACUGGCGCCAAAGAAUCAGCAGUGCAACAGGGAAAGUGUGUCCAAUUGAUACGAUCAACAGCCUGCGUAAAUCAUCUGCCAAUCGUAAAAAACAUAUCGAUCAUCGGGAUGAGCCAAAGAAUGCUCAAAGAAGAACCGCAGGUGGCGAAAUCGUUGAAAAAGAAUUACAUGCCUGCCUCUAUUAAAGGAAAAUAUAUUCUAACAUGUAGAUUUUUUUUUUGUGGUGAAAGGGGGGGGGGUUGAUUUUGGUGAUGGAAGAAAGAUGAUUUUAGUGACGUUUGAUUUGAAGAAAUCGUGUUCUUUGUGCCCUUUUUGCUUUUUUAAUAAUGUUUUGCUGUCUGUGGGGUAGAAGUAAAUUUCAUUUCAUAUUCCAUCGUUUCAUUGUACUGUUCAAUAAAUAAUUAAAAUAG